AGUUAUCCAAGCAUAGUCUCCAAAAGACACAGCAUUGAGAUAAGUCUAACUUCCUGCUUAGAUAAUUCUAACUUCCUGCUUAGAAGUUCUAACUUCCUGCCUGGAAGUAGAAAAUGUUUGAAGGAAGUGGCACAGCCUUCAUCUUUGAGAUGAAUCUUUAGAAUGAAGGGGAAAUUCUGUACUAUCCUUGGGAUCUCCAGUGAUAGUAACAGACAAUAGAGAGACUUGUGUAGGGGGUGCCUCCCAUAGUAAUGGAUGAAUUAAUGGGUAUGGACCCACUGGAAGAUGAAAAUGGGGCAAUUUUGGUCUGGGAGGAUGCAACUGAAUGGGAGGAGCCACAGGUGUUGACAUUUGGGGCAACUUCCUGUUCAUCCCCUGCAUGCCCAGGUCAGUGAGUAUGCACACACCAUUGAAGAUAAAGACAAUGAGGUUCUGGAAAUGAGUCACAUGCCAGAGUCCUGGAAUCCCAGUGCCCUUGCUUCUCCCUAUGAGAACCCAGCCUUCAACCUGCUGCGCUUGGAACUGGAGGGAGCACAGGAGUUGGCGAUUCAACUUAAGGCCAUUGGAGGCAUUAUUGUGGCAGGGGACCUUCUCCACUGACUCCAGAGCCAGGUGACUAACGCCAGUGUCACACUCAAGCUUUUGGCUGACUCUUACCAGCGCAGCUUUGGUGCUCUCCAGCAGGAGGUGGAUGUCCUUGAGAGUCAACUAAGUGAAUGGGAGAGAGAAAAGGAGAAAGAACAGGCCUCCAGACACCUGGACCACCCCUCCCCCUGGCCCUUUGUUACCUUAGUUAUUGCGGUCACCCAAUAAUUCCAAAUGCAGGGCUUGGCCUAGGUACUUUGACUACUAUUGGCUGUACAAAUCCUAUAAUGAUCUUGUGCUGCUGAAAAACUAUGGACAGAGGAAGACGGGCUAUGGUGAUGGCAGUGAAAACGUUGUGUAUAAGAACUUUAUGUACUUUAACUACUAUGGCACAAGCAACACGACCAAGAUGGACCUUUCCUCCAACACCCUGGUGCUGCGGCAUCCGCUGCCUGGUGCCACCUAUAACAACCACUUUUCCUGUGCUGGUGUGCCUUGGAAGGAGUUAGAUUUUGUUGGUGAUGAGAAGGGGCUGUGGGUUCUUUAUGCCACUGAGGACAGCAAGGGCAACCUGGUUGUGAGUCGUCUCAACACUAGCACCCUAGAAGUGGAGAAAACCUGGUGCACUAGCAGUACAAGCCAGCCCUGUCAGGGGCCUUCAUGGUCUGUGGGGUGCUCUAUGCCUUACGCUCACUGAGCACCCACCAAAAGGAGAUCUUCUAUGCUUUUGACACCACCACUGGGCAGGAGCGUCGCCUUAGCAUCCUGUUGGACAAGAUGCUGGAAAAGCUGCAGGGCAUCAACUGCUGCCCCUCAGACCACAAGCUCUAUGUCUUCAAUGUUGGUUACCUGAUAAAUUAUGACCUCACCUUCCCGAAGAGAAAGCUACCAAGACCACCCACCAAGAGGCCCUCUGGGGUUCAUGCUCCACCAAAACCUGUCAAACCUAACAAGGCUUCCAGACCCUGAGACCCCAGGGCUGGGCAGAGCAUUAGUAGAAGUGUGCCCUCUUCCUUACCUCCAGGAGAACCACAUCCCAAAGUGGUCAUUUGUCCUAAUGAUUGGAAGACUUUGAUUAUGUCUAGUGAGUCCUUUAUGUAAUUAAUAUCUCAAUCAGCAUAUUAAGGUUCCCUUUAAUAAUGGUCUAGGUGGAUUUGAUAGGGAAAAAGUAAAUUAGCUAAGAAAAUGGUACCCUCUCUUUCUGAUGCUUUGGCAUCUCAUAUUCCUUUUGGAGAAUCACAAAUCCACCUUCUGGAACUCAAGAGUUCUGUGAUCUAGAAUUGUCAGUUUCAGGUUGGGAACAUCUGAUUCCAGUGCAGAAGCUGCAGGGCAGCUGGUCAUUAGAGUAGGAUAUGAAAGUUCCCUUUCUUAUCUCUACCUUCCCGUGAGGUCCCUGGGGAGAAAACAUAUAUAUGUAUAUAUAUACACACAUAUAUAAAGGUAUAUAUGUGUGUAUAUAUAUAAAGGUAUAUACUGCGUGUAUACAUACACACAGUAUCACACAGAAACACACGUCCCACAUUUAAAAAUAUGGUUUUUAUUUACUUUUUUGUUUUCUUACUAGUUCCAUCCAGAGAACUUUGUCCCUGUUUUCUGGAAAAUUGUUUCAUUUUAUUUUAGAGACCUGGACCCUGAAAUAUGUCCUGCUUCCCCAGCUGGCCCAGGGUGACUGCGAGGAUAGACUUGACAUCACAAUAUCCCUUUUCUGAGGAUUCAUGCCCUUGGUGGGUGGGGUAGGAGGAGGGGUAAGCCUAGGAGAAGUCAUCACCACUUUGUCCACCGUGGGUGAAGUAUGAAUCAGUAGCCAUGCCAGGCCUCAGCUGGGCCACAUCUGGAGAACUGGGGUGAGGGCACAACAUCGCAAAAUACCUGGCCCUAGCCUGGUCACUCACCCCUUUUUGGGCAACAAGGAAACUAUCCUGUGCCGUGAGAACAUAAUACCUGAGACAAAGGCCAGCAGAAACAUUUGCCUGCCCCUACCCUUUCUGCCCCAGCUUCCACCUGCUCCCCAUCUGCCUGCCCACUAAAGCCCAUGUCGCAUGCCAUCUCUCGAACAUCCAGGAUGUCCCAGAGUGGAUGUCCUUCAGGUCUUUCGGCAGACAAAAAUAUCUCUUCAAGUGCCACUCAAGUGAUAGUGAAGACUGCAGGCAACCAGAAAGACUUUAUGGUAGCUGAUGACAUCUUGGUGAGGCAGUUCAAGGAGAUGCUAUUGGCUCACUUCCAAUGCCAAAUGGACCAACUAGUGCUGGUCUUCAUGGGCCGCCUUCUCAAAGACCAUGAUACACUGAGCCAGAGGGGCAUCAUGGAUGGCCACACCAUCUACCUGGUCAUCAAGUCCAAGCAUGGCUCCAGAUCUCUAGCCCAUUCCUUCCAGGAUCUGCCAACGAAUGAUCCGUGCCACUGGGACAGAAACACCAAAGGAAACAGCAGCGGGGUGCACCAACCAACUGGUAUGAAUCAAGCUCCAGUAGAAUUGGCCCACUUUGUGGGGCCUGAUGCACCCAAAGUGCAUACCCAGAACUUGGAAGUGAGCGAUCCAGAGCACAAAGCACAGAUGCUGGAGAAUCCUAGCAUCCAGCGGCUUCUGUCCAACAUGGAGUUCAUGCGACAGUUCAUCUCAGAACAUUUAGACACUCAACAAUUGAUGCAGCAGAACCCAGAGGUUUCCCACCUUCUUGACAAUUCUGAGAUCCUAUGGCAGACUCUGGAGCUGGCUAGGAACCUUGCUAUGAUCCAAGAGAUAAUGCAGAUCCAGCAACCUUCACAAAACCUUGAGUAUCCACUGAACCCACAGCCGUAUCUGGGCUUAGAGACAAUGCCAGGUGGGAAUAAUGCCCUGGGUCAGAACUGUGCUGACAUUAAUGAUCAAAUGCUGAACAGUAUGCAAGAUCGUUUUGGAGGAAACCCUUUCACAGCUCUCCUGGCCGGACAAGUCCAGUCUUCACCUCCACCUUCACCGCCAUCCCAGGAACGACAAGACCAGCCACAGCAUCCUGCAACCCGAGUCAUCUAUAAUAGCUCUGGUGGUUUAUCUUCAAACACCUCAGCCAGUGACACCCCUAACAAGGUCCACACUUCCAAGGCCAACAGUGCUAUGAUCUCCACCAAGGGCCAGAGCCAUGUCUGUGCCACUCGGCAGCCAGCUGGGAUACCAGCCUUACCUAGCAUAGAGCUUACCCAGCAGCUUCAAGAAGAAUACAAGGAUGCCACUGUUUCUCUAAGUAGCUCUAGACAGAUAUUAGAGGGUGAUCUCCAGCUGUCAGAUGAACAGACCAGCUCCCAGAUCACAGGAGGCAUGAUGCAGUCGCUUAUGAACACCCCCUACCUGGCAGCUCAGAUUAUGUUGUUCAUGAGUAUGCCUCAGCUGAGUGAACAGUGGAGGCAGCAGCUGCCCACAUUCCUGCAGCCGACACAGAUUUCUGAUCUGCUUAUUGCUUUAGCCAGCCCUAAAGCAUUCCAAGCAAUAUUGCAGAUUGAGCAGGGCCUCCAGCUGCUGGCCACAGAGGCUCCUGUUCUUCUGCCUUGGGUUGUACCUUACCUAUGGGGCCUGGGUUGGCUUUCUGCCCCCAGCUGCAGCUAUCCUGACACAGUGCCCUGUUCCUGGAAUGUUUCAGAUAUACCUGAGCCUAAGGGACCUUAGUGCUGCCAUGAACCUGGAACAGUCCUGCAGAGGUUACAAUCCCCAGAUGGGGACCCUUCCCACCCUCUGCAAGCUCCUGAGAUUCAUUUUAGCAAACAGAUGGAAUCUCUCCAGGCCCUGGAAGCUGGGAACCACCAUGCCAAUCUACAGGCACUCAUUGCUACUGAAGGGGACACCAAUGCUGCUACCCGCAAGCUCAAGGGAUCCCAGAGAUUCUAACCACCAUGCCUACUUCUUUGCUUGCUACCUGCCUGCUGACCCGCCUGACCAUCUCAUUUGCCUUUUCCACCUCUCCUGAUGCUUCCAGCCAAGAGAAGUCCUGGAAUAGGAGUUAUCAACCAGUGUGUCUUGUACUGAAUAAUAGAUCACUGGCCAUGGCUGGAACAUCCGUCAAUAAAAUGGCUACACUCACUUGCCCUGAUCUGAGAUUUGGCUUUACUUCUUUUGCCAAAAAAAAAAGAAAGAAAAAAA